GGGAAAACCAUUAAAAAAACAGGGAGCGAACCGCCGGCUCGCCAAACCCCGCGCCGCCUCCGGCUUCCUUCCCCUGGAAGCCUCCUCCCCUCUCGCGCCGCUCCAAAAACUUGCUCCAACUCCCGGCACGCGCACCCAAAGCCAAAACCCCUCGCGUCGUCGGCCGUCGCGGACGCUUCCCUCCAUCGUGCGUCUGCGCCGUCACGUUUUCCGCGAUGCCCCGCCCCAGUUCACGCGCCAAGGCGGCAUCACCGCCGGAGGCGGUGGCCGGUGCCUCGCAGCGCACCCCUGCGCCGUCCCCGUCCACCUCCCUCCGCCUCGGCAUUGGCCCCGUAGCCUCCGAUGACAACCGCGGCGCCGGAUCCCUCGACCUCAAGCAACCCGCCGCUGGGCCUCGCCGACACAGCCUGCGCCUCAUGGGCGCCGCCCUCGGCCUCGGCCUAGGCCCGGUCUCCCACCACGAUGACUGCGGCGCCGGAUGCCCCAACCUCAGUCCUCCCGCCGCCGUGCCUCCCCGACGCAGCCUGCGCCUCGCGGGCCCCGCCUUGGGUACUCCAAACACUCUCUCCGCUCGUGACGGCAGUUCCUCCGGGUUCGGGUCGGGCGGGAGCGAGAAGAGGUCGGGGAGGGCCCGUGCUCGAGUCCCUGCCUCUUCGCUUGCUACAUCCAUCUCGCCGAGGACUGGGAACUCCAAUAGCGAUGGCGGAGGGUCGGGGGCGGACAGGGUUUCCGCGAGCGGCGACAGCUCUGGCGGUUCGGAUCCCUUCACGACCCUGCGGUCAGGGUUUCGGAUCGCGAAGCGUCGGAUGGAGGCGGGUGGGGAGGCGGAGACUGGGUCGUCUCGUCGAGGACAGGUGCAUAACGAAAUGCUGCACCAACACGUGGACACGCCGACGAAGCGGUGUAAGACCAUAUUGGUCGGUGGAGUGGAGACAGAGCAUGUCUCUGACACAAAGGGUGAUUCUGAUGAGGAUUGUAUGAUGCUGGGUCCAAGUGGGACCGAACUGAAUUAUGUUGCUACGAAGACUGAAAAGGGGGAUGUGGAUGAUCCUGCCAAUGCAAGCAAUGGAGAAUCUCUGCAGACGCAUAAUCUGUUACCGGCAGCAAAUGGUGGGGUGGUUGAGCAAUUAGUAUAUGCUUCAGGAAGUCCUGCAAGUUUUGAAGCACAAGUCUCUGCAGAUAUGUGUCUCAAGGAAGGUUCGAGCCAAUGCAGUUCUAGGAAGGAAGGCAAAGUGAAAGAGAAGCUUGUUUUGGGGAAUAACAAAUCUUGCGCUUAUGCUAAUGUGGGCUCUGCAGUCGAUACCUGUUCCCACAAAUUCAACCCUGAUAGCAAAGGAAAGGAAAAGAUGGUUGCAGAAGAUAGUUUAUCAUCUCUGACCUCGAGCGAGGAUGAGCCAGAUUUCGAUCCAGUGGAUUCCAAAGAGACUCAGCUCAACUCAGGAUCAGUUUCUGCUUCUAUGGAGUCAUAUCGCAGACAAACCGUAAAAGAAAGGGCUAUCAAGCUGGCCCCUAAAUUUGCAUUCUUCAAAGCAGAUAAAGAUGAGCAUAGUGAAGAUGACGAUGAAGAGUUAGAGCCUGGUCCUGACACUGAAGACUGGCCAGGCCCAUUUGCAACUGCGGCAAGGAUAUAUGAAGAAAGAGAAGCUAAGUUGAGAGCUCGAGAGUUGAAUUCUUUAAAGCUGGACGAAUCUGCAAACAGGGUCAUCCGUUGGUCGCCUUCAAAGGAUAGGAAAAAUCUAGUACAAGCUCAAGUUGCUCCAUCACUUACAAGUGUAUGCUUAAAUACCCUUGCGGAACAUUCUGAAUGGAUUCAAUCGCUUGAAGGUGUCCCAGAGGAGCUAAAGCACAAGCUGUUAAAGAUUCUGUGUGAUUCCAGGAAGAUGAAUACUCAUCUUCUCAAUAAACUAUUGUGUGACAGUCCUACAGAACUGCAUCUCAGCGAGUGUUCAUGGCUGAGUGAGGAUGACUUUGAGAAAACUUUUGGGAAAUGCAGCACUGAAAGUUUGCAGGAUCUACAGCUUGAUAUAUCUGGGAGAUGCAUACCUGACUACAUAUUGCCAACUACCUUAGCUAAGGUUCCUAACUGCAUGCCAUUGUUGAGAAAAAUAUCUCUGAAGGGAAAUUAUCGACUUUCUGAUAAUGGUUUAGUCACAAUCAUCUCUGCCGCGCCUUCUUUAUGCUCCCUAAAUCUGUGCGAGUGUUCUCUUCUCACUUCAUCUGGAAUCGAUAUUCUUGCAAACAAGUUAUGUUCAGUUCUUAGAGAACUCUAUAUAGAUGACUGCACAAAUGUGGACGCUAUGACGAUUCUUCCUUCUCUACAGAAGAUUAAGCAUCUAGAGGUUUUGUCAAUGUCUAGAAUACAAUCUGUUUGUGACAAAUUUGUGAAGGGGCUCAUUCCUGUACAUGGUUUAAAUCUGAAGGAGUUAGCAUUUGCUGGUUGCUUGAAACUUACCUCAUCUUCCAUCAAGACUAUUGGGGAAUACUGUCAAAAAAUAACUUCAUUGGACCUUUGCAACUUGAAUCGGCUGCGUGACUCAGCAAUGAUGCAUCUUCGUGGUUGUAGGCUAAUAAGGAAACUAAAGCUUCAAAGAAAUGCAUUCAGUGAUGAAGCUGUGUCUCAAUAUUUGGAAGCAUCUGGAGGAUGCCUGACUGAGCUAAUGCUAAACAAUGUUGAGGUUGGAGACCUUACUGCGCUUGCAAUUUCUCGCAAGUGUUAUGUUUCAUUGGAGGCUCUGGAUCUUUCCUUCUGCCGUGAACUGACAGACGAAGCUUUGGGGCUGAUUGUCGACAGCUGUCCAUCAUUGAGGAUUCUUAAGCUAUUUGGUUGUACCCAGGUCACGGAUUUGUUCCUCAAGGGUCACUCGAACACAUCGGUCAAAAUCGUCGGAAUAGGAGGGAGCAUACUAGUGCAAAUGGAUAGCCGUUAGUUUGAUUGGAGAACGACACUACAUUCUCCUGUUCAUUCAGUUAUCUAGCUUAGGAUUCGAGGCACUAAAGGUCCUCAAUGUGGCUGCAGCACUAAGAUGCCAUAUUCCCGGGACAACGGAAUCGAAGGGAAAAGAAAAUGGAACAUGGCUGCAGCACUAAGCAGAACAUCAAACGCGGAAUAUUUUGUGAACCUACCUUGCUUAUACCAGUUAGCAGUGUAGAGAUCUUUCUUGAAAUGCUUUUGUUUUUCUUGGUUAACGUUUUUUCUUGAAAGGUUUCUCGGUUAACUUGAAGCAGCGUAAAGUCUGAUGCUGCAUAAUGCAAACUAUUGAUAAAAAAAUAUUUUUAUUUGUUAUUACAUUACAAGGUUGGAUCUUCA